AAUUCUUUGCAUCACAUAGCUUUGGCUCGACUUAUAUUGUAAAUGACAUAGCUUACUGUUGUUGUGACAUUUGCUUGACGUUUAAGCAAAAAAUCAGAUGUGGGCGAUUCAAUAUUCAAUGGAACUUCCACAAUUUCAAUGCCAUAAUUUUAUACCAUUAUGAAUACUCAAAAUAUAUUUACUAUUCAAUUGGAACCAGAGGACACAUCGGAGAAAGUUGUGCCGCCGAAUGAGUGGGAAAUUUUACGGGAUAAUGCCUGCAGUACAAUUUCUCAGCUGAAGAAAAUUAAAUUUUCGGUAUACAAGGAGAAGCUAAAUUUAUACAGCGAGAAAUGUAAAAUCAAAGAUGACGUCAUCAUGGCUCUUCAAACAUGUUUGGAAACGUAUAAGAACACUAAUGAGAACAAUAAUGAGCUGGUAUCAUUCCUAAAGGCGAAACUCGCUGAAAGGCAUUCAAAAAUAGUCGCAUUAAAGAAAGAGCAAGAUAGUCUAAGCGUUAGCUACGAAUCAACCAUUCGCGAGAAAAACGAAGUGAUCAACACACAAUAUGCCAUCAUUAUAGAAAAGGAGAAACAUAUCGAGGAGUUAGAAAACAAAAUUAAGGAGCAAUGCGAAUUAACUAUUAGGUCAGAUGAAGAGGUUUCCUCGCUAAAAGUAACUAUUAACGAUAGUGAGAUGAAAAUCAGGGAACGAGAUCAGAAAAUUUCACUACUCGAAAGUAAGUUAGCAACCAAUGCGGAAAGAGUGAGGGCAACUCAAAAUCUGCUUAAGUUUGAUGCCGCACUCAUGCUAUGUAAGCAAAAUGAUCGUUUGAUCGGCUGCACAAUCAAAGAACUGCAGCAGAUCCUUUGUGGGGAAAAAAGAACCGAAAUUAAAAUCAUGUCCCUGCCCCGCAUUGGUCCAAUCAAGGUAGCUGUUGAAAAUGUCACAACUGGCCCCAGCUGGAUGGUCAUUCAGCGUCGUGGUUAUAAAAUGGUAGACUUCAAUCAAGGCUGGUUUUCUUUUGUGGAGGGCUUCGGCAACUUAGACGAGGAUUAUUGGAUCGGCCUGGACAAGAUACAUGCAAUGACCAAAGGUCACAUGCAUGAACUCUACAUCCAUUUGGUAUUUGCCAAUAAGGAAACUCGAUAUGCCUAUUAUGACAACUUUGCCAUUUCUGGCAAAAGCGAUGACUAUAAGCUGAGAUCGCUCGGCAAUUAUGUUGGAAAUGCUGGCGACGGACUGCGCACACACGAGCACCAUAUAUUCAGGACCAUUCGGUAUGAUACCAAAACCACCGUGGAAUACAACCGCUGGUGGCAGCAUGAGUAUCCCAAUUGCAAUUUGAAUGGAACAUUCAAUGAAAAAACUGAAUUUGGUGUAUGGUGGUGCAGAGGAAAUGGCACAUAUAAAUUUGUGGAAUCUGUACAAAUGUUAAUUAGGCGAAAGCAAGUGUAAUUUUAAAACG